AUGAGCGAUUCGGUGUCUUCGUUGUCUGACAAGAAUAACUUCGUCAUUACCUCCCAAGAGGUGAAAAAUAGAGUAGAUGUGGUUACCUCUUUGAGAACCAUAACAUCAAGAAGGGUCGGUGAUGUUAACUAUAUCAAUGCCAAGACAGCCCAUGAUGAUACAGAAUUAUUGGCUGAAAUUGGAUAUAAGCAAGAAUUGCAAAGACAUUUCUCCAAGACUCAAGUGUUUGGUGUUGCAUUCUCCAUAAUGGGUUUAUUACCAUCAAUUGCGUCUAUCUUAGGAGUUGCCUUGCCGGGUGGUUCCGUAUCUCUUGUUUGGGGCUGGGCAAUUUCAGGCGCAUUUGUUUUAGCUAAUGGGCUCGCUAUGUCAGAGUUGGCGUCUGCCAUUCCCACUUCUGGUGGUCUUUAUUAUUACACACAUUACUACGCUCCUCCAAAGGUUAAGAAUUUUUUAUCCUUUAUUGUCGGGAACUGUAACUCCCUAGCAUUGAUUUCUUGUCUUUGUUCAAUCAACUAUGGUUUAGCAGGAGAAAUAUUAUCUAUUGUUGUUGUCGGUAGCAAUGGUAAUUUCAACAUCACAAAUGCAAACACAUACGGUGUUUAUGCAGCCUGUAUCAUUGCUACGGCUGUUGUUACUUCAGUUGCUACCACUGCAGUCUCUAGGUUGCAAACGUUCUCUAUUGUAUCCAAUCUACUAUUGAUAUGCAUCUUUUUCGUUGUUCUUCCUGUUGGUGUCGCUAGAUCAAAAGACAUGGAAUUUAAUGAUGCCGCAUAUAUUUUUGGUGAUUUCGAGAAUUUGUCAGAUUGGAACAAUGGCUGGCAAUUCAUGUUAGCUGGUUUCCAACCACUCAUUUGGGUUAUUGGCGGAUUUGAUUCUUGUCUUCAUAUGUCUGAAGAGGCCAAAAAUGCCACAGCUUCGGUCCCAUUCGGUAUCAUAGGAUCUAUCAGUGUAUGUUGGUUUUUGGGUUUCUUUAUUUGUAUUGUCAUUGCUGCCUGCUCCUCGCAAGACGUAGCUGCACUUGUAAAUACUAAAUUUCACCAACCACUAGCGCAAGUCUUAUUCGAUGCCUUGGGUAAAAAGUGGACUAUUGCUAUCAUGACCCUUAUCGCAUUCUGUCAGUUUUUGAUGGCAGCUUCAAGCUUGACUGCAAUCUCCAGACAAAUUUGGGCUUUCGCUCGCGAUGAUGGGUUACCAUUUUCGUCGUGGAUAAAGGUUGUUAAUGUUAAGUUGUCGUCCCCAUUAAGAGCAACUUGGGUAGGCGCAGGCGUCGCCCUGGCUAUUGGAUGUCUAUGUUUGAUUGGCCCAGUUGCUUCUUCAGCUUUAUUCUCAUUGUACAUCUCUGCUAACUACUUCUCAUGGAUGCUUCCAAACUUGCUAAGAAUGACUUACGGUAAAGAUGUGUUUACCCCGGGUGCAUUUUUCAUGGGGAAGUACCUCUCUCCAGUUGUAAAUUGGAUUUCCAUCAUCUUUGAACUUUUCAUGAUACUACUAGUCUUCUUUCCAACUGAACAGCAUGGUAUAACUCCAGACACUAUGAACUACAGUGUUGUUUUCAUUGGUGCAGUAUGGUUCUUGGCAACAAUUUAUUAUUUCAUUUACAAGCAUAAGUUCUAUAAAGGUCCAAAAUCAAACUUGACAGACGAGGAAUACGAGGAAAACGUCGGUCAAGACGUUCUUGACGCUAUCUUAUCUAAAAGCCAGGAUUGGGACAAAACAGAAUAG